AAACCCUAACCAUCAAAUCCAAUUCUCCCCCACUAUAAAACCCCAAAUCUAAAACCCGCCCACUCGUGUGAUUUUUUAUUUUUUCACCCAACAAACAACAACAAACCGAAAGCUUCUGCUGCUAGUCCUCCUCCUCCUUUCAGAUAAGACCGCCACCGCUGACUCAAAAUAAAUAUGGAUCGGUACCAGAAAGUAGAAAAGCCAAAGGCAGAAACAGCUAUUAAUGAGAAUGAAUUGAGGAUUACUGCUCAAGGACGAAUGAGGAAUUAUAUAUCUUAUGCUCUUUCUCUUCUUCAGCAGGAGAAAGGCACUGAUGAAGUUGUUCUUAAAGCGACUGGUAGAGCUAUUAACAAGACUGUGAUGAUUGCUGAACUGCUAAAGAGACGGAUUGUAGGUCUUCAUCAGAACACAUCAAUAGGAUCUAUUGAUAUAACUGACACAUGGGAGCCACUGGAAGAAGGCCUUCUUCCCCUAGAAACUACCCGCCAUGUUUCAGUCGUAACGAUUACCCUGUCUAAGAAGGAGCUUAAUCUGUCUUCUAUCGGAUACCAGCCUCCAAUUCCUGCUGAUCAGGUGAAACCAUUAGCUGAAUAUGAUGAUGAACGAGGUAAUAGCAAUGGUGUAGCAGAGCACACUAAUGGGGUUUGGGAUGGUGGUCGAGGAUAUGGUAAUAGAGGCCGAGGUCGUGGAAGAGGACGAGGAUUCCGUGGGCGUGGAAGAGGGUAUGGUGGUGGAAAUAUGAAACAGGAGUCAGGAUAUUACAAUGGUUAUGGUGGAUCAGCAGGGAUGCCUGCUCAAAGCCGUGGUCGUGGUCGUGGAACUGGAAGGGGAAGGCCUCGUGGUCGUGGUCAGGGCUUUAGAGCUGGCGGGCCAGUCCAAGCAGCUGCUUGACUGGCAGUGCCAAGUGUUUAGAGUAAAUCAUAAAAUUUCCAGCUUGUAAAGAUGGGUUGGAUGCCUGAUCUGCAUUUCAUCUUUUCAGAAUAGUGAGGUUGCAAUUUUGAGUUUUGAGACUGGAAAUUGUUUUCAUAAGCUGCAUUUUUGUAGGUAGGUCCAGUAAUUCGCAUUUUCAUUAGUCUAGUUGUUAUAGAAGUGUUAUUUCACCCAUGUUAGUGUUGUACAAUUUCUCAGGUUCUAUUUUUUUCCCCUUAUAAAUAACAGAGCGGUGCGUUCAUUCGA